CGCCGCCACGCGCCCCCCGCCGCUGCCGCCUCCACCCCAGCCCCGCGCCGCCACCGCCCCAGCCCGCCCCGCCCGAAGGACCCGCGUGGAACCGCCACCACCGUCGCGGAGGAGGAUGAAGGACAAACAGAAGAGGAAGAAGGAGCGCACGUGGGCCGAGGCCGCGCGCCUGGUGUUAGAAAACUACUCGGAUGCUCCAAUGACACCAAAACAGAUUCUGCAGGUCAUAGAGGCAGAAGGACUAAAGGAAAUGAGUGGGACAUCCCCUCUCGCGUGCCUCAAUGCCAUGCUGCAUUCCAACUCAAGAGGAGGCGAAGGGCUGUUCUAUAAACUGCCUGGCCGGAUUAGUCUUUUCACACUCAAGAAAGAUGCUGUACAGUGGUCUAGAAAUGCAGCUACAGUGGACGGAGAAGAGCCAGAGGACUCCGCUGAUGUGGAAAGCUGUGGGUCUAAUGAAGCCAGCACUGUGAGUGGUGAAAAUGAUGUUUCUCUGGAUGAAACGUCUUCGAAUGCAUCCUGCUCUACAGAGUCUCAGAGCCGGCCUCUCUCCAAUCCUAGGGAUAGCCACAGGGCUUCCUCACAGGCAAACAAACAGAAGAAAAGAACUGGGGUCAUGCUGCCUCGUGUCGUCCUGACUCCUCUGAAGGUAAACGGGGCCCACGUGGAACCUGCAUCAGGAUUCUCAGGCCGCCAUGCAGAUGGGGAGAGUGGCAGUCCAUCCAGCAGCAGCAGCGGUUCUCUGGCUUUGGGGAACAGUGCCAUUCGAGGCCAGGCUGAGGUCACUCGGGAUCCUGCCCCCCUCUUGAGAGGCUUCCGGAAGCCAGCCACAGGGCAAAUGAAGCGCAAUAGAGGGGAAGAGGUAGAUUUUGAGACGCCUGGGUCCAUUCUUGUUAACACCAACCUCCGUGCGCUGAUCAACUCUCGGACCUUCCAUGCCCUGCCAACACAUUUCCAGCAGCAACUCCUCCUCCUCCUGCCUGAAGUGGACAGACAGGUGGGGACAGAUGGCCUGCUGCGCCUUAGUGGCAGUGCACUCAAUAAUGAGUUUUUCACCCAUGCAGCUCAGAGCUGGCGGGAACGCCUUGCUGAUGGUGAAUUCACUCAUGAGAUGCAAGUCAGGCUAAGACAGGAAAUGGAAAAGGAGAAGAAGGUAGAACAAUGGAAGGAAAAGUUCUUUGAAGAUUACUACGGACAGAAAUUGGGUUUGACCAAAGAAGAAUCACUGCAGCAGAAAGAGGACCAGGAGGAGGCCAAAAUCAAGAGUGGUUUGUGUGUGUCUGGAGAGUCAGUGCGGCCACAGCGUGGCCCCAACACCCGUCAGCGGGAUGGACAUUUUAAGAAACGUUCUCGGCCAGAUCUCCGAACCAGAUCCAGAAGGAAUCUGUACAAAAAACAGGAGCCAGAACAAGCAGGGGUUGCUGAGGAUGCAGACGCUGCUCCAGAGGUCUCAUUCUCUAAAGAAGCUAAGAUCGACUCAGCGGGUGUGAACAGUCCCCCUGGGCCAGAUAUGUCUGCUGCAGCAUCUGGACAGGAAGGUCCCAAGUGUCCCAGUGAACCUGUGGCUUCCCAGAUCCAAACAGAAACGGACAGCUUGGCAUGUGCCUCUGCAUCUCCAGACAGAAUCCCUACCUUACCUCAGGAUACUGUGGAUCAAGAGACAAAGGAUCAGAAGAGGAAAUCCUUUGAGCAGGAAGCCUCUGCGUCCUUUCCCGAAAAGAAGCCCCGGCUUGAAGACCGUCAGUCCUUUCGUAACACAAUUGAAAGUGUUCACACCGAAAAGCCACAGCCCACUAAAGAGGAGCCAAAAGUCCCGCCCAUCCGGAUUCAACUUUCACGUAUCAAACCACCCUGGGUGGCUAAAGGUCGGCCCACUUACCAGAUAUGCCCCCGGAUCGUCCCCAUCACGGAGUCCUCCUGCCGGGGUUGGACUGGUGCCAGGACCCUCGCAGACAUUAAAGCCCGUGCUUUGCAGGCCCGAGGGGCGAGAGGCUACCACUGCAAUCGAGAGGCGGCCACCACUGCCAUCGGAGGGGGGGGUGGCCCGGGUGGAGGUGGCAGUGGGGCCAUCGAUGAGGGAGGUGGCAGAGACGGCAGCAGUAGUGAUGGUAGUGCGGCCUGUGGCCACUCUGAGGCCAGGGGAGCUCCAAGCACCUCUGGAGAGAGUACGACAGAUCUACAGCGAACACAACUAUUGCCGCCUUGUCCUCUGAAUGGAGAGCACACUCCGGCUGAAGCUGCCAUGCCCAGAGCCAGAAGAGAUGACUCCGCUUCUCUCAGAAAGGAAGAGAGCUGCCUGUUGAAGAGGGUCCCAGGCGUGCUCACACGUGGGCUGGAAGAUGCCUCUCAGCCCCCUGUUGCUCCCACUGGAGACCAGCCGUGUCAGGCUUUGCCCCCUCUGUCCUCCCAAACUCCAGUGGCUGAGAUGUUAGCAGAACCACCUAAGCUGCCUCUAGAUGCUAGAACUGAGUCUAAGCCUGGUUCUACUUCCCGGGAGAGGGGUAGUGAAGAUGAAGAACCUGCUGUGCCCUCAGAGAGUUCUGGAUGGUCUCCAUUGGAAGAUGUCUUAGCAGGAGGAAAUGACCAGGCCUUUGAUAAUAUGAAGGAGCCUGUAAAUAUGACACCUGCUUUUAUAUCCAAAUUGUCAUUAGCUAACUACCUACAGGAUAGGCCUGCUGAUGAUGAAUUAGGGCUUGGUGCCACAGGCCCACUCAUACGGGAAGGUAGUAGACAAGAAACUUUGACUGAGGCUUUUGCAUCUGGCAGUCCUACCUCCUGGGUGCCCAUUCUGUCAAAUUAUGAGGUAAUAAAAGAGUCUGAUCCAGAAUCCAGAGAAAACAUACCAUGUCUGGAGCCCCAGGAUGAAAAAGAGUGGGAGAGAGCUGUCCCCCUCAUUGCUGCCAUGCCUGGGAACUUGGCAGCCGCAGAAAGUGUGCCCAGCUCUGAGAGCCGUGUUUCACACUGGACAGCACCUCCUCCAGGAGCCAUGGGCAGCACUGGCAGUGACAGUGAAGAGGCAGACCUUGAAAGACUGGAAAUGAAUGGCAUCUGUGAAGUACCGAGUCCUCACGGUGAAUCCACAGAUACAGCCUCUGACUCUGAGGGCCACUUCUCUGAGGACAGCAGUGAAGGUGAUGCAAGGGAAGUCACAGUGGUCAAGGAGUUGUUAGGUGGGCGUGACAAGCAGCACUGGGAUCCAUCCGCCUCUCUGCCCAAGUCGAGUGGUGACCUAAGUGUGCUUACAAGGACAGGGGGGGUGACUGCUUCUCAGAGCUGGGUGUCUAGAGUAUGUCCAGCCCCUCACAAGAUCCCAGACGCCCUGCUGCUGUCCAGUGUCGAGUGCCAACCCAGGUCUGUGUGCCCACCGAGGCCUGGUUCUUCAGUGGAGGUUACCAACCCACUUGUGAUGCACCUGCUGCAUGGUAAUUUGCCCCUGGAGAAGGUUCUUCCUCCAGGUCACAGAAGCAGCCAACCAGAAUCCCCACAGCUGCCACUUAGAGAACAGAGGCAAGAUAGAGGCACUCCACAAGGUACAGGGGAAGACAAUCACCUCGUUGCCAGAAGCAACCUUGGUUCUGCACAAACAUUGAAAGAGUCUAUUCUGGCUCAGAGCUAUGGAGCAAGUGCUGGUCUUGUCAGGGCAAAGGCCUCCAAGGCUCCUAGAAUGUCCCAAAAGAUUGCCAAGAUGGUUCCAAGUGUAGACUCCCAGCAUCCAGUAACAGAACUGACACCUUCCUCUGGGAACCUGGAAGAAAUAGAUUCCAAAGAGCAUCUCUCUUCCUUCCUUUGUGAAGAGCAGAAAGAAACCCAUUCCCUGUCUCAAGGCAGUGACCUAGGUGCUGCCCCGGGCCAACGUCCAGGAGAUCACUCUACCUCCAAAGUGCCAUGCUUCUCUACAGAUGUGAGCCUCUCCUUUGGAUCUGAGCAGACAGAUGGGACCCUGAAUGAUGAGAACAAUGCUGGUGGUCACGAGAAGAAACUAUUUGAUCCCAGGAAUACAGUUGCCACCCUGCAGUGCCCCAGGUCUGAAGAGCAGACACCACUACCUGCUGAGAUCCCUCCGAUGUUUCCCAGUAGGAAGAUAGAACCAAGCAAAAACUCUGUGUCUGGUGGUGUGCAGACUACAAAGGAAAGCAGGACGCCCAAACCACCACCUGUCUCUGCUGGCAACAUCAAGACAGAGCAGACGUUUUUGAGGGAUCCCAUCAAGGCAGAUGCAGAGAACAGAAAAGCUGCAGGGUACAGUUCUCUGGAACUAGUGGGUCACUUGCAAGGGAUGCCUUUUGUUGUGGACCUUCCUUUCUGGAAAUUACCCAGAGAGCCAGGGAAAGGGUUCAGUCAACCCCUGGAGCCUUCUUCCAUCCCCUCCCAACUCAACAUCAAGCAGGCUUUGUAUGGGAAGUUCUCUAAACUCCAGCUGAGUCCCACCAGCUUUAAUUACUCCUCCAGCUCUGCCGCCUUUCCCAAAGGCCUUGCUGGUGGUGUGGUGCAGCUGAGCCACAAAGCCAGCUUUGGUACAGGCCAUACUGCAUCACUGUCCCUACAAAUGUUCACUGACAGCACUGCAGUAGAAAGCAUCUCUCUCCAGUGUGCAUGCAGCCUGAAAGCCAUGAUCAUGUGCCAAGGCUGCGGGGCGUUCUGCCAUGAUGACUGCAUCGGUCCUUCAAAGCUCUGUGUAUUGUGCCUUGUGGUGAGAUAAUAAAUUAUGGCCAUUGGAAA